AUGCUCACGCCUGGGCCAAGGCCGCAGCACCACCUGGUAUCGGCCCCGCCGCACAAGCGACAGAAGAAGAGCAAGGACAAGGUGCUGCCCUUGGAGCCCAUGACGGAGGAGCCUGCGGUGCGUGAGCCCAGAACAGCAGCAGAGAAGGAGGAGAUUGAACAGUGGAAAGCGGAGCGGAGAAAACACUUCCCCACCCGCGAGAACCUGGCCAAGCGGGAGGCGGAGGGGAAGGCGCGUGCCGAGCGCGGGGAGCAAGAGCUGCAGCGGCAGGAAAGGGCUGCCCGUUUGCAGGAGAUCCUGCUCAAGCAGCGCGAGCUGGGGGUCGACAAGCUGGCAGGGACCCAGGAUCUGAUGGCCGAGCUCGGGGGCCAUGGCAGGGCGCCGGGAGACCGAGGCAGGGCCAGGGGCAGGGGCAGGGGUCCAAUGUCCAGGCGGCCCCACCCUGGGCAGGCGCGGGAGGAGCGGGAGGGACCCAGCGGCCCCCCUACGGAGCCUGGAUCUAAAGUUGAGACUGCACAGGGGCUCGCCGGGCUCGUAGGGUACGACAGCGACUCGCUGGCGAGUGGGCAGCCGGAGGAGAGGGGCCGCGGCGAGGCGGCUGGGCAGGAUCACAGCUACGUGUUGCAAGCCUUCAGAUUCUUCGUGCAGAACGAAUUUCUAGCGGACUGGGUGAGCGGCAAGACGGAUCUCAUCUUUCCCGAGGCCCCCAAGCCAGAGCCUGCCAAGCAAAUCUCGAGCAUUCUCGAGGAGGCAGAGGCUGAUGAUGACGACCUGGUUACCGACAUCUCUGGCACCGAGGCUUCUGGGGAGGAGGAUGGCGAGGAGGAUGUGAGUGUGAUGGCACUGACACCGAGUUCCUCAUGA